CUCAAAAACAAGUGAACCGUGGAGCUGCUCGCGGAUGAUAUGAGCGAGAGAGCUGGCUCGCGACGUGACGGUCUCCACUGAUGUCGCUGCUUGAACUACAAGUUUGUCUUCUGCGGGGAGAUUCACAAAAGUCACUUUACAGAAUGAAGGCAAACACGGAAAAGGCACAAACUUUCCCUAUCCUCAUCAUUCAGGAUAUGUUCUGUCCACUCAUAACUGAGUCUGCCAAGCUUCAGCCGAGAUCUAACUCUUCCUCCGAAACACCAAUGGAGAUGUCAAGGAACUUUUAAAUAUCAACUUUCCUGACAGAGACAGUGGACACAGCAAAGGAAAAACAUACGACUAUGAUUAUUUGUAAAAACGAAUGAGGCCACCAAUGAAGAGCAGAUAUUCAUUUUUAUUUUGAAACAUUUGGUACAGAGCUUUUUGUUUUUAAAAGAUUAAUCAUGGACAGUACCUCAGCUCCUCAGAUUGUUGUGGACAAGGCAGAAUGUGAGGAAGACUUGGCUCUGCCUGCAGACGAUCAUCUCAUGGACCUGAAAGCCCUGACAGAGAAACUGAGACUGGAGACGAGAAGACCGUCCUACCUCGACUGGAAAGCCCAGCUCGAGAUGGAAAGCUUCAGAGAGUUUAGAUCGGAAAAAAGCCCGGUCACAGAGGAGCUUGAGGGGGAAGCAGCCCGCCCCAAAGAGACCGCAGUGAGGUCUGCUGUGAUUCAGUGCAAGAUGCCUUCAGGUGCACUGAAGGGGUUCGAGAACAUCGAUGAAGCUCUCAGCUGGCUGAGGAGAGAACUGACAGACAUGCGGAUGCAGGACCAGCAGCUGGCGAGGCAGCUCAUGCGGCUCCGCAGCGACAUCCACCAGCUGAAGAUCGAGCAGACGUGCCACCAGCACCGCCGGAUGCUCAAUGACGCCACCUUCGGCAUGGAGGAGCGGGACGAGCUGUCCGACCUGCUUUGUGAGUGUCCCGUCACCCCGGGGCUCGGCCUCUCCGCCCCGCUGAGGCUCAUCGGCGUCACCAAGAUGAACAUUAACUCUCGACGGUUCUCGCUUUGCUAGUGACUGGGAUACAGUUUGAGGCAAAGAAUCCUGAAAACCAAAAAACAGCCGGUCUAAUCUCGUCUUGUCAUGACAGCCCUGGUUGUUUGUUAGAUUGUGGAGCAAUCUUUUUUUGACCACAAUGUUGUGAGGGAUGUAAACACCGUUUUAAAGACCCUAUAAUCAAAGAGAGAGAUUUAGGUAAUUUGGAAAGAAGAAUUCUAGUGUUGAAGUAAAUAUAUCAUUUGUUUGCCACUUAACUAUAAUACAUGGCAGCUAUAAACAGAAACCUUUAUUUCUUAAAACUACAGCAGAUUUUAGAAUUGUAGACAUUGAAACAGAAAACUUGCCCUUUUUUAAACUACAGUAAAGCAAUCUCAAUCUUAUUCCUGAGCUUUUUAAGCCUCAUCAGCUAAACUACAAGUAGCUACUCUAUAUGUUUCCAUAUAUUUUUGUUGUUUGCCAGAUUUAUCAAGCACAGAUUUAAAUAUAUUCUUACUGUAUUCAGACCUCUAUGUAGGAUGUUUCAGCGACAGUGACAGCUUCUUUCCCUUAAUAUAAAUGUUACAUUUAAAAAUAUGUUUUAAUAUGGAUACCAUUUGUACACUAUGCUAUACCUUAUGCACAAUUGAGUAAACGAGUAGUUAAGUAGUUUAGAAAGCAUUUGUAGAAUAUGAUGAAAAUGAUUCUUUAUGAUGACUGUCAUUUUGCACUAGUUGUUGAAAUCGCAGUGGUUUCCAGCAAAUUGCUGCAUUUUGUUAUAAAUAAAGAAGUUUAGCUCUUGGGUUGAGCUUUGCUCUUUUUUUACUCUAAUUGUUCAGUUCCAGCCAGGAAGUUAACAUUUGAGAUGGCGUUCUUUGUCUGAAAAAUUGUUUUAUUGAAUUAUAGCUCAUGGCAUGAUUAUGUGGGUCCUUCUAUAAUGGGACAUAUAAUUGGAGGUAACCUAUUUUCUAUGUUCAGACUCACAAUGCACAGACCGCACAACAAGUAAAGGAGUUUAGACUUUGAGAUGCCCCUCCUUGUGUAUAUAAUAUAGCUUGGGCAAAAUUACAGCUUUAAUCUCUCACUCCGACUCAUUUGUUCGCCAAAACCACUAAUUGCUUUUCAACCAACACAAUACCUAGCCUCAGUUUGCAGUUUCUCUGAACAAUAAGCCACCUGGCUAGAAAACACCAAGUUUGCCAACUUGAUCUUGUUACUGAGCCUAUAAUAGACGGGAACAUACCUUAAAACUGGUUUGGUUAAAUAUGAUACCUAAUCCAGGAAGAAGCAUGAUUUAUUUAAAAUAAAGAAGAUUACAUACACUUUACCAACAAUUAUUUUUGAGUUGGGAUGCUUCUCUUUUUGGAGAUGCUCUGGGCUUUUAACAACAUCUGUAUUAGUUUAGUUUAGCUUCAAAUUAUGAAUAAGUCUCUUAAAACUAUACAUUUCUCUUGUCAUUAAAGAAACCAGUUGAAUGUGCUGUCACUUAAAGCUUUAGAGAAACUGGUAGAUAACUCUUUAAUAAGUAACCUAGCCAGGCAAACGACUCCCCUCUGUUUCCAUUAUGCUAAGCUAGGCUAACUGACUGUAGCUUCAUAAUUGACAGUCUUAAAUGAGAGUGGUGUCUGUGUUCUCAUCAAACUAACAUCCAGAAAAGGAAUACAUUCCCGAAAUGUUUAAUUUGUCCGUAAAACGUUGGUGAAUGACAUACAUUGAGUUUCCACCUUUCUUCAAAUAAACCCAUCAGUUUUUUUUUGUCGUCGGCGCCACUUA